CCAGAAACCGUGUCCCCUACUCUCUCUCUCUCUCUCUCUCUCUCUCUCCUCGAUCAACAGCAACAGCGGCGGUCAGAAGCUUCCGUCGCGACAGCUCCCGACCUCCUGCCGGUCUUCCCCCUCUGGUAGUCCGCGCGAAUCCCGAGGCGGCGGAGGAGUAGGAGGAAGAGGAGGAGCGGAGGGGGGCGGGCCCAUCAGCCAUGAGCCUCGCGGGCUCCGCCCUGGAGGCGGCGCUGCAGGCGGUGGGGCGCGGCCUCGACGCCGCCGGCGACCACCGCCUGCUCUACUGCAAGGGCGCCGGGAGGCUCGUGGACCUCGACGAGGACCGCGCACGGGACAUCCCCCUUAUAAGCGGGGGCGUCCUCUCCAGCGUGCCCCCAGACGUCGAGGUCGAGCAGUGCCCCAGCAACCCCGUGCGAAUCCGGCCCCCCGCCCCCCACGGCGCGCCCCCCGCAGCCGCGGACGAGCCCUUCGUCUGCAGCUAUCCGCAGAUGGCUGAGUUUUUCAACAGGAAGUCAUGCUUGUUAGAGACCGUACCGCUGGGUUCCUUCAAUUCGCUGUUCAGCUUCACCGGUUCAUGGAAGAACGAUGCUGCGGCUACGAAGGCCCUCGCGAUUGAUGGCUAUUCUCUGCCUCUGUUUCGAGUGAUAAUCACGAGUCAAGAACUUACUCUGCUUGAGAGUGUUAAGCGAGCGAUUCCAAAUGUUUGGGAUCCAUCAGCAUUGGCUAGCUUUAUCGAGAAUUAUGGUACCCAUAUUAUUACCUCUGUUACGGUUGGUGGUAAGGAUGAGGUAUAUAUUAAGCAGCAUUCAUCAUCCCAAUUGUCCGAGAUGGAAUUCAAAAAUUAUGUGAGGGAAAUUGGGAGGGAAAGAUUCUCAGAUGUGGAAAAUAAGUCUAAUGCAAUUCCUAUCAAUUACAGCGAGAAGGAUAUGACAGUAAUAUUCAGAAGGAGGGGUGGUUGUGAUCUCGUUCAAAGUUUUAGUGACUGGAAAGGAACUGUUGCCUCAGCUCCAGAUGUCAUAGGCAUGACCUUUCGCUCAAUUGUCUCUCUUGUUGAUGAUGUACCAGGAAAAAAGCACCUUGCUCGUGCAGUUGAGCUAUACUUGACAUACAAACCUCCAAUUGAAGAGUUGCAGUACUUCUUAGAUUUUCAAGUCCCACUAGUUUGGGCUCCAGCUCCACCAGGUAUUGCUGGUCACCACAGGAAGGAACCUGUCUGCCCAUCGCUUCAGUUUAGCUUGAUGGGCCCGAAGCUCUUCAUUAGCACAGAACAGAUCUCUGUUGGGCGUCGACCGGUUGUUGGCCUCAAACUGCUCUUGGAAGGAGCCAAACAGAACCGUCUGGCUAUUCAUUUGCAGCACCUUGGCUCAUUACCGAAAAUAUUCCUACCUCAUUGGGACUCCCAUAUUACAAUUGGACCUCCAAAAUGGCAAGGCCCUGAAGAACAGGAUAGCCGAUGGUUUGAGCCAAUUAAAUGGAAGAACUUUGCUCAUGUCAGCACGGCGCCCAUAGAGUACACUGAAACAAAUAUUACAGAUCUGUCCGGUGUUUAUAUUGUCACAGGAGCACAGUUGGGAGUGUGGGAUUUUGGUGCAAAGAGUGUUCUCCACCUUAAACUCUUGUUCUCCCGAGUUCCUGGGUGCACAAUUAGAAGAUCAGUGUGGGACCACAGCCCAUCAAGUUCUUCGACUCAGAGAACAGAUGAAUCUUCAUCAUCCUCUAGUGAUAAUGCUAAACUUGUGAAGAUCGUUGACAUGACAGAGACAUUGAAGGGCCCACAAGAUGCGCCUGGCCACUGGCUGGUCACGGGAGCUAAGCUGGGUGUCGAGAAGGGCAGGAUUGUUGUGCGCGCCAAAUACUCCUUAUUGAAUUAUUAACCAAAUGUUGAAAGCAUUCAUUCACUCACUCUGCUAUGGAGCACUGUGUUUAAAGAUAGCAUUUGUUCUUUCGUUUUUCAUGUAUGGCUUUCCUUUCCCUUGUAACUUGAUGUGGAUUCAUGCUUCUUGACUUCUUGUUGAUCCCAUGAGUAAAGUAGCAUGAAGGUGUUUAUGCCGAGUUCAAAAGUAUUUGAUCUGACCUGUCAUCUCUUCCACAGCCAUCUGAGCGUGGCACUGGAAUUGAUGUAUUUAAUUCCCUUGGCAUUGGGAUUUUGUCC